AACUUUAUAAAUUGUUUGAAUUUGAAAUACCAAUAUUAAGCAAGAAUAAAUACCACUUCUCUAAUCCAAUGAAAUUGCACAAUUUUAUUCAACCAUUUUACAAUGGGUUAUAUCAGGUUAUUUUUACCUCGUCAAAACAUAUAAAUUCAAAUACUUUAAAAUUAUGUUACUUGAAAGUAUGUAUUGCAAAGCAUAAUCUGCAGUUUUAUUGCUAAUUUAAGGAUUAAAUUUGACAUAUCACCUACACUAUUAUUUGAUAUAUUUAUAUAAGUCAGAGUGGACAGAAUUUCUUCGGUUGAUCAGUGAUAUUGCAGUUGUAGCUAAGUGUCCCAAAUCAUGAAUUAUUCACAAAUCAUUUUCUCAUACAGUAUUACUGAGCAUCAUUAGCAAUUUCCUUUUACUCUGAAGAAGCAAUGAUGGCGAUUCUCUCUUUGGUGCAUUAUUACACUUGUUUUAUUAAAACACAGAAGUAUUUCACGGUAGUUUAUAGUUCUAGAUAUUACUGCACCCUUCAGCAGUCAUUGCCAUCAUGAUUGACGUCCUAUAAAGUGAAAGAGCAGCUGUUAUCACAAGCGUGAAUCUGAAAUGUAGAAGGCUGUCUUGCAUGACAGUUAUGGAAGCCAGCAACUUAGAAGCUGCUAGGUAUAAUAUCAGUGGCCGCCUUCGUGUUCUCGUGGCUCAUCUUUUUUUUACAUCUACUUUAGCUGUGCACGCAUGUAAUCAAGAAAAGAUAUUCUCAGACAUAAUCCAAGGUAAAGCCCUGGUUAACCAUACCUAUAAAACCCUGCAGUCAGUCAUCGAUGAUGAUGGUUGUCAGUUCUAUUGUUUCCUGGACGAUGUCUGUAUCUCGUACAACUUUGAUGAACAACAACGAAUAUGUAACCUUAGCGACUCAGACCACAUCAUACACCCUGAAGACCUGGUGUACACGCCCAAUGCAGUCUAUAGGGCAUUGAAGGUAGAAAUUAUAAAGUCAUUGUUUGGAUAUACGAAUUGUGGAAUGUAAUUUAAAAUCUUCAAUAUGUAGGGCUCAAACCAACUUCUAAGAUCUGGAUAAAUUAAGAUGAGGCUCACUGUUCUCUUGACGCAGAAUAGAC